GUACCGACACAGUUCCAAGUCUACGACUCAUAUGCCAUCGACCCGCAGUGGCAGAGGUAUUACACAUGGGCUUGGCUCGGAGUCACCUCCGUAUUCAUAGCCAGCUCGAUCCCCUAUAUCUACCGCUCGGCUCAGAGUGGAAGGUGGUCGAAAGGCUGGGUCAUCCGGGAGUCGACGUCCGGGCGAGGGCGAUACGAGUUUGCUUCGGAUCCGAAAUCUCAAGAAAGUCGUCACAGUGCCAGCCCGCUCGAAGGCGCUCUGAUCGUCAGGGGUCUACGAUACACAAAGCCGUUGUUGCAGACGGUCUUUUCGGUGCAUAUCCCGAUCGCCAAGUUCGGACGGAACAGUCACCGCGGAAGAACAGACGAAGCGUCCUAUGAGAAUGAUGAGCGUAUUGAGCGAAAGAAGUACCUCGCGCUCACGAUUGGACAACUCUGCCUGCUCGCCGGGUACAUCGUUUUGGUUUUGGUCUGCAUCUUCAAGGACGCCGAACUGAAAAGCAAUGCUAAUCGACCAGGUUUCGUCGCGCUGUCGAUGCUCACCCCGCUCUUCCUCCUUGCAACUAAAAACAACCCCCUCUCCCUCCUCCUUGGGUCAUCAUACCUCUCGCUCAACUGGGCACACAGGUGGGUGGGUAGGCUUAUCUGGCUAAGCGCAACGGUGCACGGAUUCCAGUGGAUCGUCUUCUAUACCCGGGCGGAAGGGGGAUCCGAGACUUUGAAGGGCGACAAGGUGUUGAGAGGGAUUGCUUCUUGGAUUCUGUUGUCCGUGUUGGCGGGAACGAGUAUCAGGCCGGUAAGGAGGAGAUGGUACCAGCUCUUCUGGUAUACACAUAUACUAGCGUUCGUCGGAUUGUUUGCGGCGGUGUCCUAUCACACGCCAUAUAGCCGACCUUGGAUUUGGGCGCCCAUCGCCUUGUAUGCUUUCGACAUAUCGCUUCGGAUCUGCAAGUACAAGUUCAAAGACGGCUUCCUGGUAGCUCUGAGCGAUGAUCUGACCAUGAUCCAUAUUCCGGAUUGCGACGACGGAUGGCUACCUGCGCAACAUAUCAAAAUCCGUAUUCUAUCGAAAGGGGUCAUUACCGAAAGCCAUCCAUUGACCAUCACAAACUCAGGUUCUCCUUCGAGCACCGGAAGGGGGAUCACGCUUUAUGCCAAAGUCGCAGGUGGCUGGACUGGACGAAUCAACAAGCUCGCGAAGCAUUCGGUGGAAACGGAUGAUGAGAAGAAUCAGGGGGAGCAGACCGGCUUGCCGACUGGCACGGACGAUUUCGAUUGUAUUCCUGUUCAGAUCCUCAUCGACGGACCUUAUGGCGGUUUGAAGCUGGACCUGGCAGGAUAUCAGAAUGUCCUCCUCGUCGCUGGAGGUAGCGGGAUUACAUUCGCCUUGGGUUGUAUCGAGGAGAGCUUGAGACAGGUCCAAGAAGGUGGGCACGAAGGGAGACUCGAGUGGAUACAUGCCGUCUGGGUCGUCCGAGACCUCCAAAUCGUUCAUGCUCUAGCUCCCGUAUUGGUAGACCUGCAUGAGCGUGGAUGCGAGUCCGGCAGACUGAAGCUGGAAGUCUCGAUCUACCUGACCGGUCCCAGAUCCUCGAUUUCCGGUCUGUCGAGCAGCCUUUCGACAUUCGCUUCUCUUGCGACGGGUCGUCCAUGCAUCCGUCAGCUCGUCCUGGAUACAACGGAGAGCCCGCCUCCUUCUUCAACAGCAUCUGGAGACGAGUUGGCGCGUAUCAGGACUCGGAGUCGAGGUGGCCUAGCGGUGAUCGCAUGCGGACCGGAGAGUCUCGUCCAGGAAACUCGGAAUACGGUUGCAAGCAUGAGUCUAAGCGACAAAGUCAAAGCGGGUGGAAUGGAGUUUCAUGGAGAAUGCUAUACCAUCUAGAACACACUUGUCGAUAGAUCAUAGGCGUAUGGCCUCCCAGAUAGCGAUUAGUUGACAUGUGUAGACCUAGCGCGAUGUGCCAGUGCAACUGGGCCUCCACUACUCGAAAUCUCCGUUCCGCAGCAUCUCCCGAGCGGCAUAAGCCGCCUCGAAUGCCAUCUUCACUUCCUCAUCCUCCU